ACCAAUCUCUGAUCAAAUGUAUCACAAACAUGAAAAUAUAUACAAUUCUAUACUAGAAUCAGGCGCGCGCACGUUAAAUCUUAAGCGUUUAAAAAAUAAAUAUACGCCAGUUCAAGAAGAAAAUAUUUUAGCUAACGAAGUCAUAAGAGAAGAGUCAUCUCUUUAGCAGUGAUUAAUACUAAAUCAUUUAAUCAUAGAGUUUUAUGAUAUAUUCAGUUUUUUUUUUUUUUUUUUUUUUUUUAAUUAAAUAAGAUAGUUUUCAAUAAUCUGGUGAAUUAUUCAUUGUGUUAUUAUUAUUGUUGUUUUUAUUUUUUAAUAUCAACAAGUGUCUCAAUUGUUUUUUGAUAAAAAUUUUUAAAAAAAUUUAAAAGAAAGGAAUAAAAAAUGGAAAACGAUUACAUUAAAAAUAUGACAAGUUUUCAAUUUAUUGAAGUUCUGAAAAAUGAUGUUCACGAGAAAAAAAUAGCAAUUAAAGGGCAAUUAAAUGGUCGCAACGCCAUAAUUGUUCUGUCGAGAAAAAGUUUUUCCAAUGAUAUUUCGGAAUUGAAACAAAUAAUUUUUAAUAACGAAACAAUUGUUGCAAAUAAAGGUUGCAAUGAAAAAGAAAAACAUUAUGAGUUAACUCUGACUAACGAAACUAACGGUGUACAUGCAACUAUAAAGCAUCCUGUUACAAAGAAAGACUUUGCUCAGUAUCAAAUACCUGAAUGUUGGUUCAUUGAAGAAUCUCCAGAACUUUAUGGGAACGUCACUUUACCAUAUAUAAAAAAGAUAGUACCAAUACAGAAGCUCGAUUGGGUCUAUCGUAUAUUAAAUGGUGAAAGUGAACAAGAACAGACACUUUAUAUUGAUAACGAUCAAUCAACAGGAUAUGUAUUAGUAAAAGAUUCAAAAUGGCAAAACGAGGAAAUUUCAAAGAUGCACUUUCUUGCCUUUACCAAACAAAAACUGAUGACAAUUCGAGAUUUGAAUGAAACUCACCUUCCCUUACUGAAAAAAAUUAAAAAAGAAGGCACUGAAAUUAUUACUAAAAAGUAUCCAAAUGUAUCAGCUGAAGAAUUAAGGAUAUAUUUCCAAUAUUUACCGUCGGUUUAUCAUCUUCAUGUUCAUUUUAUUAUCGAUACUGCAGAGAGCGCAGGUACAUUUAUUUAA